GACGUCAUCAAGUAGCGUCGACUAAACAGAGGUGCACGAACGUCUCGACUCUUGCGAGCAGUAAACGUGAGAGCUAACGGGAGGAGAGCCUAUUGCUGCGGAGUGACCGACUUUUAAACGUAUCAUCUAGAGUUAGAAAGAAAAAAGAAAAAGCUGCUGUUUACUGUAACAUCUCGAUGGAAUUGAAACAGGAGACUUGUGAUGUGGACACGAAUAUCAUGGAUAUUAAGGAGGAGGACUGUGAGUGGGAGUCCAUCUACCCUAAACAGGAAAGUCUGAGCAUUAAGGAGGAGAACAGUGAACUGCGGUCAGUGAGCAUUAAAGAAGAAGGUGAAAAGAAGUCGGUCAGUAUUGAGACACAUAACCAUACAAAUUUAAAGAGUACUGAGGAAGACGACUUUCAUGAUGGGUAUCAAGAUGGAGUGGUGACAGAGUUAGACUCUUCUCAAAGCAGACACUGUUCAUCUCCAGAGCCUUCUGUAAAUGUGAAGUCUGAAUCAUUACAGUCUGACACAAAGAGGCCUGAGGAGACUAUACCUGUUAGAACUCAGGAAAAUCAGCCACCACCUACAAAGAAGUCUGGGAAAAGAAAUGAACAUCACUGCUGUUUGGAAUGUGGCAAAGAAUUCUCUGGCAAGAGUGCUCUUCAGAGACACACUAGAAUUCACACCGGAGAGAAGCCAUUUCACUGUAAUGAAUGUGGUAAACAGUUUUCACAAAGCUACUGUCUUCAGAACCACAAAAAAAUUCACACUGGAGAGAAGCCAUACUGCUGCGUGCAUUGUGGCAAACAAUUCUAUGCUAUGACUUCUCUGCAGAUACAUAUAAGAAUUCACACAGGAGAGAAGCCAUAUCACUGUAAUGAAUGUGGUAAACAGUUUUCACAAAAGAUCAGUCUUCAGAACCACAAAAGAAUUCACACUGGAGAGAAGCCAUAUUGCUGUAAUGAUUGUGGUAAACAGUUUUCAGCAACAAGCCAUCUUCAGAUUCACAAAAGAAUUCACACUGGAGAGAAGCCAUAUUGCUGUAAUGAAUGUGGUAAACGGUUUUCACAAAUUGGCAACCUUCAGACACACACAAGAGUUCACACAGGAGAAAAGCCAUAUAGCUGUAAUGAUUGUGGUAAACAGUUUUCAGAAAAAUACCAUCUUAAGAUUCACAAAAGAAUUCACACUGGAGAAAAGCCAUAUUGCUGUAAUGAAUGUGGUAGACAGUUUUCAGGAAAAAGCCAACUUCAGAUCCACAUAAGAAUUCACACAGGAGAUAAGCCAUAUUGCUGUAAUGAAUGUGGUAAACAGUUUUCACAUAUAGGCAUUCUUCAGAACCACACUAAAGUUCACACUGGAGAGAAGCCAUAUUGCUGUAAUGAAUGUGGUAAACAGUUUUCAGAAAGAGGAAGUCUUAAGAAUCACAAAAGAGUUCACACUGGAGAGAAGCCAUAUUGCUGUAAUGAAUGUGGUAAACAGUUUUCAGAAAGAGGAAGUCUUAAGAAUCACAAAAGAGUUCACACUGGAGAGAAGCCAUUUUGCUGUAAUGAAUGUGGUAAACAGUUUUCAGGAAGAGGUGGUCUUAAGUAUCACAAAAGAGUUCACACUGGAGAGAAGCCAUAUUGCUGUAAUGAAUGUGGUAAACAGUUUUCAGAAAGAGGAAGUCUUAAGAGUCACAAAAGAGUUCACACUGGAGAGAAGCCAUAUGGCUGUAAUGAAUGUGGUAAACAGUUUUCAGCAAGAGGAAGUCUUAAGAAUCACAAAAGAGUUCACACUGGAGAGAAGCCAUAUUGCUGUAAUGAAUGUGGUAAACAGUUUUCAGAAAGAGGAAGUCUUAAGAAUCACAAAAGAGUUCACACUGGAGAGAAGCCAUAUUGCUGUAAUGAAUGUGGUAAACAGUUUUCAAAAAUAUGCAAUCUUCAGACGCACACUAGAGUUCACACUAGAAUAAAACCAGUAACCGUUCAAAAAUCAGUCCAGAAAAACAAUCAUGCUUCAGGACUCAAGAGUGAGGUUCACUCCUGUUCUGAAAAAUAAAGAAACCAAACUACUGUUGAGAAAUUAAUCCCUGAGAGAAAACAUAUUGCUGUUUUCAAUGUGGGAAAUAAUUUUGCCAGAGGAUUUCUCUUCAGUAAUACGGUAGAGUUUGCACCAGAGUGAAAUACAACUGAACAGUCCUGACUAAAGAGUGAGGUUCACUCCUGCCUGGACAGUAAGCACAUGUAACCGACUGGAAUCCAUCCUACUCCCUGUUGUGUUGGAAACAAGUCAAAUGGAGGAGAAACAGAAGUUUGUUUCCUUUUCCCUUCACAGAAAUAAACAAAGAA